UCCCUUCCUCCCAGAGCCAGAGGAGCAGGGGCGGGGGACAGUGUUCCGGGAACUCGCACCCGGAAGCGGGAAGUAGCGGGCCGCUGGCCGGAAGUGGCGUGCGGCUGGGGGUAGGAGCCGGGCGGUCGCUCUCUGCGGGCGGCUGGGAGAGCCGGGGGCAGCCGCAGCAGCAGCCGGCGGGAGCGAGGCAGGGGCGGUGCGCGGCGCAGACUCUUCCCCCCGGCAACCGCGGCCGCGGCGGGCGGGGGCCGGGCAGCGCCAUGGCAGAGGCGACGGCGACGGCCACGGCGGCGGCCGGUGGGGGGGCCGCCAGCACCACCGUCACCGAGACCGUGACCGUCGAGCCGGAGAACCGCAGCCUGACCAUCAAGCUGAGGAAGCGAAAGCCGGAUAAGAAGGUGGAAUGGUCGAGCGACACAGUGGACAACGAGCACUUGGGUCGUAGGUCAUCCAAAUGCUGCUGCAUCUACGAGAAGCCGCGGGCCUUCGGCGAGAGCUCCACAGAGAGCGAGGACGAGGACGACGAGGGCUGCGGCAACGCCCACUGCAUCCGGGGCCACAGGAAAGGGGAGCACGGGGGUCGGGGGGGCAGCGGCUCCAGGGGGGGCAAGGGCAGCCCCCGCAAGGCCGAGGCGCCGGGCCAGGACCACGCUGCAGCCAUGCAGCACUGAGCCCCUCCACCCCCGCCGGACUGACCGGGGGACGCGGGCCUGUCCGUCUGUCCGUGAGCCUGCUGGCCUGCGAGCUGCUGUCUUCGGCCGUCCCGCCCAGUGCCCCGGCGGGGAAUGUACCGAGCCACGGGCCGGCUGCGUCUCUGUGCUUCUCCAUUAAACGUCUGUCGGUGACCACGA